AAAGCAGUGGCACUCUGACGGGAGGGAUCCAGCGCUAGACUGUCGCUGACCUUGGUGCUGAACGCCAUUCACCUUCCCUCCUAAAGCUAUUUCACUGGUACUCUGCAUCGAAAAAGUGACAUUGCUCUUAAUUAAUCAGUCGUCGGUUUUUAUUUAAUUUAAUUUUUUUUUUUUUACAUUAAUUCGUUGACUCAAAUCUGAGAUGGCAUCGCGUGCUCUUAUUGCGCGCGGAGCAGUUUAUGACUUUAUAACUAUGAGUAGACAGCGCCAGACCCCUUCUGAUAUCUCUCUUGUGUAGGCGGAUUUUCUUCGAUCUGUGACCACCGUCGUAAAUUUUCUUCAUCUGUCUUACUGAAUCAUUGAUCCGCUGGGUAUCGGUCCGGUGCUCUGUCAUCUCACACUGUGACAUGGUACUUUAACACUACCGGGGGAAACCGUGGGAGUAUCAUAUUUGGACAUGGAGACUCCGAGGGAGCCUGGUGCUAUACCCAGCAGCAAAGAGAGACUGAAGCAACUAGCGGGGAAGACACUGGGACACUUGUACAAAGUGAUAGAAAAGCGACAAAAACCUGGCGAGAACAUCGAACUGACCGAGGAUGGACGGCCUACUCAGAUCAACGAGAAACAGACACCUUUGUGCGACUGCACGUGCUUUGGACUUCCACGCCGCUACAUCAUCGCCAUAAUGAGCGGCCUCGGGUUCUGCAUCUCCUUCGGUAUUCGGUGCAACUUAGGCGUUGCCAUAGUGAGCAUGGUUAACAACAGCACCCUUCACCUGAACGGGAAGAUCAUCAUCAAAGAGAAGGCAAAAUUCAACUGGGACCCGGAAACAGUUGGAAUGAUUCAUGGCUCGUUUUUCUGGGGUUAUAUUGUGACACAGAUUCCCGGGGGAUACAUUUCUUCUAGAUUAGCGGCAAACAGGGUUUUUGGCGCUGCCAUCCUCCUCACAUCAGUACUGAACAUGUUCAUCCCCUCAGCUGCACGUGUUCAUUACGGCUGCGUCAUAUUCGUCAGGAUAUUACAAGGGCUUGUAGAGGGAGUGACCUACCCAGCCUGUCAUGGGAUCUGGAGUAAGUGGGCUCCUCCACUGGAAAGGAGCCGUCUAGCCACAACCUCCUUUUGUGGUUCCUAUGCUGGAGCUGUCAUUGCCAUGCCUUUAGCUGGGAUCUUGGUGCAGUACACAGGCUGGUCAUCGGUUUUCUACGUCUAUGGCUGUUUUGGGAUUUUCUGGUAUAUGUUCUGGAUCUUAGUCUCAUAUGAGAGCCCAGCUGUACAUCCCACCAUCACGGCCGAAGAACGCUGCUACAUUGAGGAGAGUAUCGGCGAGAGCGCUAAGCUGCUAGGUCCUGCAGAAAAAUUCAAGACACCUUGGAGGCAGUUUUUCACAUCCAUGCCCGUCUAUGCAAUUAUUGUGGCCAACUUCUGCAGGAGUUGGACCUUCUACUUGCUGCUCAUCAGUCAGCCUGCAUAUUUCGAGGAGGUGUUUGGCUUUGAGAUUAGCAAGGUUGGCAUGCUGUCAGCCCUGCCCCAUCUGGUGAUGACUAUUAUCGUACCCAUUGGGGGACAGAUAGCCGAUUUCCUCCGUAGCAAAAACAUCCUGUCUACUACCACAGUUCGGAAGAUCAUGAACUGCGGAGGCUUUGGGAUGGAAGCCACUCUAUUGUUGGUGGUUGGUUUCUCACAUAGUAAAGGAGUGGCCAUUUCCUUUCUUGUGUUGGCUGUCGGCUUCAGUGGAUUUGCAAUAUCAGGUUUCAAUGUCAAUCAUUUAGACAUUGCUCCUCGCUAUGCCAGUAUCCUCAUGGGAAUCUCUAAUGGAGUGGGAACUCUGUCAGGAAUGGUGUGCCCUCUUAUUGUGGGAGCCAUGACCAAACACAAGACCCGAGAAGAGUGGCAGUAUGUGUUUCUUAUCGCUUCCAUGGUGCAUUAUGGUGGUGUAAUCUUCUAUGGCAUCUUCGCCUCGGGGGAGAAGCAGCCAUGGGCAGAUCCAGAACAGACCAGUGAAGAAAAGUGUGGCUUCGUUGAUGAAGAUGAGCUGGCUGAGGAAACAGGGGACAUCACCCAGAGCUACAGUGCCCUGGGAGGUCCAGCCAAGACCUACGGUGCCACUACGCAGUUGAACAGUGGAUGGGCAGAAGGAUGGGAUAAACGAGAGGAGUAUGUACAGGAAGGUGUGGAGGAAGGGGGUUACGGAUACAGGCAGGGUGGGGAUUACUCCUAGACCUCACAUGCUGUCACACACACAGAUACACACGCACAUGAUGCACACAGCUAUACAUAAACAUUCAGUGGAGCAAAAAAAGUAUUUGGAUGGAUACACUUGGACACAAGUCACAACUGGAAAUGUCUAAAUUCCAUUGCAUUAAAUAACAAAAUUCAAGUGCAGUCUGCAAUUUGUCUUUCUGUGCUUUUCUUUAGUGGGUGUAUGAAGUGUACUCAUUUUGAAAAAAUAAAUAAAUGUAUUUAUGUAGCUAUAUAUUUAAAUAUAUGUAUAUAAUUUUAUAAACCAAUAUAACAAACUGUUUUUGUAAAAUGUUUAGCUUUAAAAAAGUUGCCUUUUUGUUAUCUAAUCUAAUGCAAUGACAUUUCUACAUUUUUAAGUGCAACUUAAGCGUCCAGUUACUUUUUGGAGCCACUGUACAUACAGCACAGGAUAAAACAAUACAUGCCCACACUGUAGAUUUUGUAGUGUCUGUGAGCUCACUCUCUCUCUCUCUCUCUCUCUCAAAAAAAAAGAUGAAUUAAAAAAAAAAAAAAUUGUCUUUGCACAAAUGAAAAUGAUCAAAUUCUAUAUUUAAAUAUGAAUUUAAACGAGUCAAUUAUACAAAGGAGAUAUUACAUAUCACAAUUGGCAGACUGUAAAUAUUUUAUGUAUUAAAACAGAGUUACUUUAUUUCGAGUGCAAUCAUAUGUAAUAUUGUGAAACCAAGUUUUUCACCUUAUUAUUUUGAGCCGUUGCAACAUAGAGAAGCCUGUAGAGUUAGUCAGGCAACCGGCUUCCAGAAGCGAUUCUCUGGAGUCAUUCAUGGAGAAAUACUGCUGUAGAGAUUUCCAAGCAACUGGUUUCCACUGUCUUUUUUCUUAUGGCACUGAGAGAGCUGUACAAUGUAAUUUAACAGCACAACAAAGUGAAUUUGUUUAUACCUCAUGAUGUGUUACUCGUCCAUCGUAGAAGUCAUGUUUUUGAGAGAUAAAAGAUGACUUUGGUCUUUGACACUGCAGAGAAAAAGCACAGUUUUUUUAGAUGAUGAAAUAAAAGCAACAAGUUUCUCAAACUCAGUUGGCUGGUUUAGUCGUAUCCGUAUGUAUAUACAUAUACAGUGGGUAUGGAAAGUAUUCAAACCCCGUUAAAUUUUUCACUCUUUUUAUUAUAUUGCAGCCAUUUGCUAAAAUCAUGAAGUUCAUUUUUUUCUUCAUUAAUGUACACACAGCACCCCAUAUUGACAGAAAAACACAGAAUUGUUGACAUUUUUGCACAUUUAUUAAAAAAGAAAAACUGAAAUAUCACAUGGUCCUAAGUAUGCAGACCCUUUCCUCAGUAUUUAGUAGAAGCACCCUUUUGAUUUAAUACAGCCAUGAGUAUUUUUGGGAAAGAUGCAACAAGUUUUCCACACCUGGAUUUGGGGAUCCUCUGCCAUUCCUCCUUGCAGAUCCUCUCCAGUUCUGUCAGGUUGGAUGGUAAACGUUGGUGGACAGCCAUUUUCAGGUCUCUCCAGAGAUGCUCAAUUGGGUUUAAGUCAGGACUCUGGCUGGGCCAUUCAAGAACAGUCACAGAGUUGUUGUGAAGCCACUGCUUCGUUAUUUUAGCUGUGUGCUUAGGGUCAUUGUCUUGUUGGAAGUUGAACCUUUGGCCCAGUCUGAGAACCUGAGCACUCUGGAAAAGGUUUUCGUCCAGGAUAUCCCUUUACUUGGCCGCAUUCAUCUUUCCCUCAAUUGCAACCAGUCAUCCCCCCCCCUGCAGUGCUGCAGUGAUGGUUGACUUUUAACAACUUUCUCCCAUCUCCCGACUGAAUCUCUGUAGCUAAGCCACAGUGAUCUUUGGGCUCUUCUCCCCCGAUAGCUCAGUUUGGCCGGAUGGCCAGCUCUAGGAAAGGUUCUGGUCAUCCCAAACGUCUUCCAUUUAAGGGUUAUGGAGACCACUGUGCUCUUAGGAACCUCAAGUGCAGCAGAAUUUUUUUGUAACUUCGGCCAGAUCUGUUCCUUGUCACAAUUCUGAGCUCUGAGCUCUUCAGGCUGUUCCUCUGACCUCAUGAUUCUCAUUUGCUCUGACAUGCACUGUGAGCUGUAAGGUCUUACAGGUGUGUGGCUUUCCCAAUCAAGUCCAAUCAGUAUAAUCAAACACAUCUGGACUCAAAUGAAGGUGUAGAACCAUCUCAAGGAUGAUCAGAAGAAAUGGACAGCACCUGAGUUAAAUAUAUGAGUGUCAAAGCAAAGGGUCUGAACUGAAUACUUAGGACCAUGUGAUAUUUCAGUUUUUCUUUUUUAAUAAAUCCGCAAAAAUGUCAACAAUUCUGUGUUUUUCUGUCAAUAUGGGGGUACUGUAUGUAAAAUUACUUAAAUGUACCCACUGUAAAUAUAUUUUUUGGACGGUGCUGUUCAAUUUGGUGUUUGGUGUAAUAGAUGAAACUUGGGAAGGGGUUUGAUUUUAGAUCAUUGGAAUUACAAGAGCUAAAAAUCAAAAGCACAGGGUGUCAAGGCUGUGGACUCCUUAAUUUCCAUGCCAUUAUUUUAACUCCAUGCCAUUUUGACAUGUGAAUGCUAGUUAUGAAUGGGUCAAAAUGGUUUGCAUUUUUA